AUGUUGGAUAUAUUGCGUGCUACCCAACACUUGGCAACACAUAUAAGGUACAGACCUCAGAAAACCAAUAAACUAGUAAUACAAAAUGUUCACGGUUCUCUAGCUCGUGCUGGUAAAGUUAAAUCCCAAACCCCAAAGGUUGAAAAGACUGAAAAGCCAAAGAAGCCAAAGGGUAGAGCUUACAAGAGAUUAUUAUACACCAGAAGAUUCGUCAACGUUACCUUAACCAACGGUAAGAGAAAGAUGAACCCAUCUCCAAACGUUUCCUAA